AUGAUAAGCAAAAUGAUAAUGGAUCGUUAGAAAAAAACAUAAAAUAUAGACGAAAAUGAAUUGGAUUCUUUCAAUCGAUAUUUGCAGAGGGAUAAUCAACCUUUAAAUUUAGGCACCUAACUCUCUUAUUCUAAAAUUAAAGUAAAUGUUGGAAUGCCUGUGAUAACGGAAUAACAGAAUGAAACUCUUGGUAAUACUCAUCAAUCAACUGUUUAACAAAGCAAAAAUGCAUCGCCCUAAAAGAAGGGCAUUGGAAUGGAAGACAUUAGACUGAACAUUAGAAUAGUUUUCAAAUUUUAUGCAAGUUUUGGAAAUAGAAACAAUACUAGAUUUUUGAAAUCAAAUAAAUUUAUUAAAAUGUUAUCUGAUGCUCAAAUAAUGCCAUAAUUAUUGUCAAAUCGAGAUUGUGAUAUUCUAUAUGCCUAACAAACUAAAAAUAAUGAAAGUCUCACACUUGAACAAUUUUAAAACUUAAUACCAAAAUUAGCUAUGAUUCUCUACCCCUAACAAAAAGUUCACUAAGCAUUUCAAAAAUUAUAUAAUGAAUAUCUAUCAUAGUUAUCUUAAAAAAUAUUAAAUUUUACUGAAUUUGGACAAUAAAUUCAGUUCGUACUCCAACCAAUAAGCAAUGAAAUUAAAGAAUUCAUAGAACCCAUUUAAUAGUAAUUGUCUAAUUUACAUAAAUUUAUUUUUGAAGACCAAAGCACAAACUUAAGCAAAGUAUAAUGGCAAUUUAUGUAAUUCUUAACUCAAUGUGAAAUAUUGCCUAAUUAUAUAAAUUAAUCUUAAGCACAAAUCAUUUUUGAUAAUAUACAAAUAAGAUAGCAAACUCUUAAUCUAUAAGAAAGUGGAAACUACUUAUUUAGUUUGAAUAAUUUUGUUGAAAGUUUGAUAAUCAUUUCAAAAACAGUUCCAAAUUUAGAUGAAUUUACUCAAUUUAGAUUACUUCUUGAUAAAAUAGAAUAGUCUGAAGGCUUUAGUUAAUAUUUAAGAAAGUUGAACAGAACAUAGAGUGAUAAAGUGAGAUUAUUUUAUAAUAUAGAAAAAAGUAGAGUCUAUAAAUAAGAGAAUCUAAUUCAAUAAAGUUAAAUGAUAUCAAACACACAAAAUAAUUUAAGUCAUACCAAUAUUUAAAACAUAUAAAUUGGAAACACUAAUAAGAAGGUUGAUGAGAGCAGGGUUAAUGUUUCAAUGUUGAGAUAAUCUAAAUAUUUAUCAGAUAUAGAUUAAUCUUACAUUCCUUCAUUGAAAAAGCUAUUUGAGUUCUUUGCCUAAAGUGGAGAACCUAGCAAUAUUUAAUCAUUAAAAAAUACAAAAUUCAAUAAAUUGUUACUACACUCAGGAAUUUUGAAUAAUUUAAUCACCAUAACUGAUUCUGAUAUGAUCUAUUCAAAAUUAUGUGGCCUCUAAUCUAUAAAAACUCAAUAAAAGAAUAAAUAAUUGACAAAUGGUAAAAUGACUUUUGGACAAUUUCAAAUUAGUUUGGCAAUCAUAGCUGAAAAAUGUGGAAUUGAUGUAAACGAAUUGAUUCAAUAAAAUAUCUUACCUUUAGAGAAAUAAAUUUCUGAUGACAAUAAAGAAUAAAUCCUUUAAAUUUUAGUUGAUCUAUUACAAGAUGAAUAAAUUGUAUAUAAAUCAUAUAAUAAUAUUAGAUUUAACUCUACGAGAUGAUUUAAUCAGUCUUUGAUUGGUAUUUUUAAGAAUAUGCAAAAUAAUAAAGUUCAAUAUUAUACUUAUCGGAGUUUUUGAAAUUUUGCUAAGACUUCGAACUUUCCAAUAUUUUAAUAUCAUAGACUCAAUUGACAUCAAUAUUUUACUCUGUUGCAUCACUUAAUUAAGAAGGCUAAGAAUAUUCAGACUAGGUUUUCCUUGAUAAAUCAUAAUUUGUAGAAGCCAUCAGUAUCAUUGCCAUUCAAAUUUAUUCUACAAUUCCAAAUAACAUCUAAAGAGUACAUACAUAUAUAUGAUUAUUAGAUUGUAUAUCUACUGGAAAGAAUAUUUUAGUCUCAAAAUGCUUCAAAAAUUUAUGUUAAGCAAAACAAGUAUACUUUAAUAUAAUAAAAAAUAGGUUAUAAGCUAGAUUUUAGAAUGUCAUUGAGGAAAUUAAAUAUAGAUUUUUAGAAAAAGAUAAAAUACGUUAGGAGGAGGAACAAUAUAAUUUUGAUGAUUUAGUAAAUGGAACUGUUUAAUAAUUUUAAUGA